ACAUGUACUAGAAAACUCCUUCACUAAACCUAACAAGUCACAGUAUGCAAGCUGAUGCAGUGUUAAUCUAUCCAGUGGGUGAGGAAAGGGAACCUGAGCCUCAUAGGGAGAGAUUGUUUUCAAAGCCGUUCUGUAACGUGCUGGUGAGUGCUGUGGUAUUGUGUCUGGUUUACUGUGCUUUCUUUCCUGGUGGUGGCUUAUUAGAUGUGGUGAUAACUGAUGGUCCUGGCAGAGAUUCGAGUGAUGCCAACGUUGGAUUUAUUAGUCAAGGAUUGACAUACCUAUCAAGCAUUUCUAUAGCACUUAUUACACCUCUGAUCUUAAGUGCAAUUGGGGUACGGGCUACACUCGCAAUCUCAGCCUUCCUCUACAGUGGAUUAUUUAUAGGGAUCAUCUUCUUAAAGAACUGGACCAUCUAUCUAGGAUCAGUUGUUGCAGGAUUUGGUAUGGGUAUGAUGUGGGUGGUUGCUCCUAAAAUUGUUGCUGAUUGCUCAACUGAGAAAAAUCUUCAGAGAAAUAGCAGUGUUUGGUGGUGCAUAUACAUUUUCAGCAUGGUUAUAGGUUAGUUUAGAACAUGUGCAUUGAAUCCUGUUUAUUUUUCAGACGUUCAGAAUACCAUAUAACAGUCAUUAAGGAUUAUAUGCCAUGAAGAAUUACAUGACUUUAAUUCAGGUAAUACAGCUGACUAUUUCUACCUUGGGAAUCUUACAAAGAUUGGUACACAUACAAGAAUCUGCAUUUAUCUUGUAUGUUGUAUCUUUGUUAUCCUUGCUGUUGCUGUAGCAGUAUUUGGAUACAGGGAUAUUACUGCACUCAAUGACAUAGAAGACGACAUUGAUGAACUUCUUUGCUCCAAGUCUAUCCAAAGCAGAGUAGCCAAACCUGAAAGCACAACUGUAUGGGAAAAAGUAAAGCACAACUUUGCUCUCUACAAAGUUACCUUACUAAGAAAAGAAAUAGGAUAUCUUCUUAUAAUCCUUUUCUAUAACUCAUUUGUGUUGGCAUUCUAUACUAUGACUUUCCAAACCUGCAUAGGUCAUGUAUUUGCAGACAGAAGCCUGAUUCCACUAAUGUCUUUAGUAUUUGGAAUAUCAGCAGUAAUUGCAUGUCCUUUAUUUGAGGGCAUUGCUGUCUUUUUAAACAACAGGAUCGCUGUGCUGUUCCUCUACAUAUUAGCAAUAAUCUCUUACUACCUCAUUUUCUUAAUGUUUCCUUCUGCUGCUACAUAUGGGAAGAGUGAUGAUCCAACUUCAAUAGAGCCAACUCAGGGGCUAAUAUUGUUCGUUGCAGUACUUCUGGCAAUAUCAGACACUGGAUUCAACAUUCAAGCCAACUGUCUGAUAGGAUUACUAUUUCAAGCAGACAGUGAUAUAGGAUAUAUGUUACUUAAUUCGGUAAUGUCAGUAGGGACAGCUACCGUUUUCUUUGCAUGCUCAUACAUUAGCUUAUAUGCUUUGCUUGCCUGGUUGGUAAUUUUUUGUACAUUGGCAACAAUUUCCAUAACAUUAGAUGUAUUCAAACUUGGUAUUUAACCUUAAACGAAUCAUAACACAUAGUUCCUUGUUAGGCGUGUAUGCUACUUUAUCAGGAUGCGUUCCUUUUUCAAUUCCUGUUUUUAUCGAAAAAUCACACUCUUCAGUGGCAACUAGGAUUAAUCAUAUAAAUUUGACUGUGUGCUCAUUCUUAACAUUGAAAGUAUGCGUUAAAAAGGUGACAUUAUUGUGUGAUUUUUAUCUCCUAUUAUUAAAAGGAUCAUAUUUUACUAGUAUAUCAUUAAAAUUAGACAUUUGUUGAUAUUUGCUACUGUUUGAUUACACGAGCUAAGUGAUUUGGCACUUUAGACAGAGUUUUAACAAACUUUUUCUGCAAAUCAACAGAUUUUAAGGGUUAUGACAUAAACAUUAUAAUUGUUUCAUGUUUAUAAAUGCUGUGUUUGGUAUUCCUUUCAUCUGUUAUCAUUUGUUAGGACAAUACUGCGAGUUUAUUUCAAUGACUUCAACUUGACCCGAGCUAUGU